AUGUUGAAACAUACAGGCACACACUCGGCGUGGGACAAUCUUUUCUACGCCGAAUCUGUGCUAGAGCCACUCGAUCUGGUGCAACCGGACCCCAAGCUCCCGUGCUAUUUGGCGACUGAGAGUGUCAGACUGCCAUCGCCCACAAAGGAAAUCGGAGGUCUGACAUCGCACUAUCUGCUCGAUUUGGCGUCCACAUUACCUGCGCUGACACUCAAGCCACAACCUGGAGAGGCUGUGUUGGACAUGUGUGCUGCUCCCGGUGGCAAGAGUCUCAUACUGGCGACCCUUCUCUUCGCCACCCGAGACCCGAAUGCGGACUACGGACACCUGACUAUGAAUGAGAUAGCUCCCGCCCGGAGGACCAGGUUACGCAGAGUUCUCGAUGAGCACAUACCCGCACCCUUACACGCGCGCCUAUCCGUAACCAUGUACGACGCCACCAAAUGGAGCCGACACCAGACUAACCAAUACGACAAGAUACUCGUAGACGCCCCCUGCUCAUCAGAGCGGCACCAUUGCCAGACGCAGAUGAAGCACCGGAAAGCCAUAACACGCGAAGAGUGGAGUGUCAGUAGGAGCAAGCGCAAUGCCGUCACUCAGCUGGGACUGCUGGUAUCAGCAUGUCAGGCGCUGAGGCCGGGCGGACGGGUGGUGUACAGUACGUGCUCGAUAUGCAACUUGGAGAAUGAUGACGUCGUGCGGAAGGCGUUAGCGAAGUUAGGGGACACUCACGUGCGGGUUGUAUCGCAUGAAAACCCGACAGCAGUGAGCAAGAUUCAGACAGGUGCUGAAAAAACCGAGUUUGGAUAUAUAGUAUUGCCUGACACCGUACUGGGUGAUUACGGUAGUGGAUGGGGCCCCUUAUUCUGGUCUGUGAUCGAGCGCUUGGAGUGAUACUGAUAAAGACAUGGUAUGAAUAUAAUCCGGUGUCUGCAGGAGUGAUGCUGAUGGUUAAAUAAUGAAAGACAUGGUAUGAAUAUAAUCCGGUGUCUGCAGAAGCGGCUGAAUCUCAACUAUCGACGAGAGAUUGGUGGUUAUUGGGGCGUGCUCAAUGCUAGCCACAGGAGUAGUUACCCAUGUGAACUUGGUGCAGCUACUACCAUGUGAACCUGGUGUGUGAAGGAGGCUUCGGGCCCGCCUUUGCUCCACUGCAUCGAUGUUUCAGUCCGUGGUCCGAGAUUACUUACGUAUACGUACAGAUACAGCUAUCGAUGUAAAUGGUGUCGGCAGUGGGUCUAGAGGUUGCUCAAGCUCAACCGCAGAUACAGAUAAAUAUUGUCGAUGAUUCCGGAUCAUCAGGGAAUGCUCAAGCUAAAUUCAAGCUUAGAUAUCGAAAACAGUUCAGUGUCGGUUGCUAUAGCUAACUACAGGCAUGGUAAGCCUAGGUGAACUCAAAUAUAUUUAGCCUUGCUGUCUCUUUACAACGAGAUCAGUGUGUAGACGUGAUAUACUGUUAACUUGAGACGACGAAUGGCACCGAUAAUCAGGAUAUACUGUUAACUUGAGACGACGAAUGGCACCGAUGAUCAGGAUAU